AUGAGAUCACGCGGCGACCUUGUGCUGCAGUUAACGUUCGCAUGUCACCACGUAUAUUUUGACGGGUUGUAUUUGCGAUCUACAUUGCUUCCAAUACAUAAAAAAGUUAUACAAAUUCGACCUUCAGAACAUAGAAGAACAGAGCAGCCUUAUUCUUCUGAUGAAGAUGCUGGCAUAGACAUGGCAUGCUCGGAGACAUCGGAGAGAUCAGACCAGCCAGAGGAUGAUAGUGAAAUCAAGCUAGAAGAAAAGGUUCUGGAGAUCAUAGACGCGUUGAGCGCUAGGGCCAACGCAGCGCGGGCCGCUGCACUGGUCGCGUUGAAGAAUUCACUCCAGAGGCGGUACCUGGCGCACUUGCUCUGCGGACAGAGGGUGACUCUGGCGGAGCACGUCACUAAAGCGCUGCGGAGAGGCAAGGAUGGCGAGAGAAGGGCGGCAGCCGCUGUCGCUCCGCUACUAGCUCUACAGAUCGGCGAGGAAGGCACAGAGGAGUUCAUGGACGAGGUGCGGCCAGCGCUCGCCGCGGCCGCCGUCGACAAGUCCGCCUCGCUCGACACGCGCACUGAGUGUUGCUCGUCGCUGGCGGUGCUGUGCUACCUGCUGGAGGAGGACCUGACCGAGAUACUGGAGGUCAUGCGCAUGUUCGAGACCAUAUUUAGCGGCAGCUACCUCAAGGGCGACGGCAGCGUGAAGGUGUCGGGCGCGGCGGUGGAGGAGGGCGCGUGGCACGCGGCGGCGCUGGACGGCUGGGCGCUGCUGCUGGCGCUCACGGAGCCCACGCACGCGCGCGCGCUGCUGGCCGAGCGCCCGCCCUCCUUCCGCCGGCUGGCCGAGCUGCUGGACGCCUGCAGCCUGGAGGUGCGCAUGGCGGCGGGCGGCGCGCUGGCGGUCGCCCACGAGCGCGCGUGCGGCGACGACGAGCGGUUCGCGUGGGCGGAGGACGAGCUGCUGCCACGGCUCGAGCAGCUGGCGCGCGACUCGCACAAGUUCCGCGCCAAGCGCGACCGCAAGCUGCAGCGCGCCACCUUCCGCGACAUCCUCAAGUACUUCGAGGAGGGCAGCGUGGAGGAGGAGCGCGUGCGCGUGGGCGGCGACACGGUGACGCUGUGCUCGUGGGCGACGCGCAGCGCGUACGGCGCGCUGGCCGCCGCGCUGGGCGCCGGGCUCGUGGCGCUGGCGCCGCACUGCGCGCCGCUGCGGCUGGCACUGCAGCUGUCGCCGCACCCCGCGCUCGACGUCAUCGCGCCGCAGGCCAAGCUCAACAAGUUGCAGCGGCACCUGCAGAACACGGCGGCGUGCAAGGCGCGCACGGUAGCGCGCAACAAGAGCCGCGACAAGCGCUCCGCGGCGCUGGCGCUGUGAGCGACGAGCGACGACCAUCGCCUCGACACUAGCGUGUGAUCUUGUAAGCUUCCAGUCCGCUCUGCCGUGCGAUUCCCUUAUCUUAGUUUUUACACUCGUCGACGAACUUUUCGCCCAUAACACGUCUUAUUUCGACACGAAGUAAAAGUUCUUUUUAAUCAGUUCACUUGACUUAAGGAGUAAGUUGGUGCGUUAAGAAAAUUGUUAUAGGGCGUUGCGUACUGCCAUCUACAGGCAUAGUGAUAGUGUUUGUUUUAAACUACCAAUAGAUGGCGUUCAUAGAGAACUUUGAAACAAUCCUUUUUUGUUCACUUCAAGAAUAUAGAUGGCGUUUUUUUUUUAAGUUUAACUUGAGUUGUGUGGUUUACAGCACACUUUUUUCUUCAUAUUUGAAUGUUUUUAUGAUACUAAAAUAAAAUAGUACGUAAUUGCCAUGGAAACGGACUUACUUCACAGCUCGAUCUUUACUCACUAUACUGAAGUUGCCUAAAUGCUUAUAACUGCUGCACAGCCAUACAACUCGUGUUCAAAGCGGACUAGAAGUGAUUAUGUAGCAUUUAACACAGACUCGUAUUUGGCAAGAUGUCGCAAAAAAUUUUAAAACAUUAAUUUAUUUUAAUUGUGUUCUUUCAAUCGAUGUUAUGAUCGAUUGUUUUAUAAUUCCGAUUAUACCUAUUGAAAUUUACCGAUUAAAAUAAUUUUGAAAAUUAUCCUAAUAUCAUCACAGACAGGAAAAUGUAUGUAGUUUUGUUUUGUAUUUAUUAUGUUAGACAAAUGGCGUCAUAAAUACAAGUCUGUGAUUUAAUUUUAUUUUAUUUCUAAAUUUCACCUAAUGCCACUAAGAUGUUUAUAAGUUGUUCACAUCAGAUGAAGUUUGCUGACCUAAUGUGAUACCAACGAGAUGUCUAGUGAGUGGAAAUAGACAAAUGUCAACGAAUAGGGGUUCAACCGGAGAUACCGUUAACUUCGUUGGGUGUUUACUUUCAUUUCGUUGGGACGAAAAAGACGGUACUGGGACAUCUCCGCUGCCAUUGAUCGACAUUUUAUCUAUUUCUCUGCUAAUCGUUGGUCGCAUGCUAGGCCUAUUGCAGGCCAAGCAUGCGUCAACUACAUAUCUCGUGAAGAGAAAAUUUUCGAAGCGUUAGCGUUUGUAAAAAGAGAAUCGACGUGCCACAUGGCUAUAGACCCCGCUCUCUUUCGUCCGCAACAAAAGAGACCGAUAUUUCAAUUCCGCUGCUAUUGGUCGACACUUUUGUCUUUUUCUCGUCUAGAGAUAAAUGUCGUGGUGCGCAUCUUAUGCCUACAGAUGUGAAUGCUCGCUUCUUAAUAAUGAAUAAUAUAAACAAAUUGUAUUCCUGUUCGAAUUUCGACAUCAUAAAUAGAUAGAUUAAAUAAUUGUAUCCUGUAUAGAGACAUCUGAAAUCAUCUGGUUGCUAAAGGGGUUCGCAUGAGCGGCAAAUUUCAAAAUGGCGUCUUGAUCUUUGAACCCCUAAACCUUCUGUGUUAAAACAAUAACUAAUAACAUACUCAUAACAAUUACCAUGCUGAUUUCCGUAAUCAGCAUGGUAAUUGUUAUCGCAAGAAAUCGCAGGCUAAUGAAAUUAAUUAGAAAUAGCAUUAUUACCAUCACUACAUACAAAAGCAAUGUGCACUACACACAACCAUAAAAGCACUGCUUACUCCCAUAUUUGAACACCAUAACUUGAAGAUCUAUCUAUAGUUUAUCAAGUAGAAAUAUGUUUUAAGUAGGGGCUUAGUAUUGGAUGUAUAACACAUAUAGUGCGACACGAAAAUAUUGAAAAUAAAUGAACGUUCUUAUGGUAACACUGUACUGUGACCAGAACUACCUUGAUACUUGAUGUAUGUUCAAAAUCUAGGUACCUAUUUUAAAGAAUGUCAGGUUGAAAUAUUACCUGAUAUUAUAAAUGGAAUUUAGAGAAAUUGCUUUUCAUUAUAUAAAAAAAGAAGACCGAUGUUUUCAACAUAUAUAUAAAUCAUAUAUUUUAAAUUAAAAAAAAAAUAGUGAUUGCAAAUUCCCACUAAAAUAAUGAUAUUUCUUGUAAUAUCCAGCUGUCUGAUUUAAAUUAUUUGUUUUAACUAUCAACAUUAAUUGGUUGCUCCAUGAAUACAGAUUUUGUGAUAAUGACAGUUAUUGUAGUGUUGCCAUAUUGCGACUCCAUUUGUCCCAUUUUUGACUUAUUGUUUUAAGUCGCACUGUAUGCGUGCAUUCAAGAAAUGCGACGUUCGACACUGUAGAUAUAUUAUAUUAAUGAAUAUUGAUUUUAAUUAAAUGAAAUAUACAAAAACGCAGAUGACGGAUUAUAUUUUAUUUACAAUAUCAAUAUUAAUUAUUAUUAUACAUGAUUUUUAGAUUUAUCACUUACAUUUUAAUAGUUUUCUUUUACGUAAUUCUUUAUGGACAACUACAUAAUCUGUUUCUGUAAUUUAUGACAGUUCACAAAGAAUCUUUUUUUUUUAAUUUAAGUUCAUUUAAAUGUAAAAAAAUGAUGUUAUUGUAACAGUUUUAUUUUGUUUAGCUAAAAACUUACUCCUAAACUUGGUGACUAGGAAUUCCGAAUGGCUUCCGAAAUUGUAACUGCCAUUAAGGCCAAGAAGUAAAUUUACAAAGUGCGAAAAUUAUUUAAAUACAAAAAAUUAUUAUUUUUAUACAUAAUGCUAUUAUAAUAUGUGUUAUGUUUCAAACUAAUGACUAAAAAUUAUGAUAUUGAAAGCACAAAUUUACUUCUUGGUAUCCUACUAUAAGGUAGGUAUUAUUUAUUAUAUUCUAAACACAUCUUGUUGGCCGUGUUAUAGGGACUUCUUCGGGUUACAUACCCUCAUUAAAUAAUACUGUAAUGUUGCCAUGCUACAACUUACGCAGUGUUACUAGUUGUACCAACUUAACCCUACUUGUGUUAAGGGACCCUACACACACAGACUUGAGUAGGGUAAAGUUUACAUUACAAGGCUCAAGUAAUAUUCGGCUCAGUAUAAUUUACUUAGGGUUAUUUUGUGUGUGUGCUGGCAACAUUCUUCUUUCUUACAUACAAUCUAGCUAACACUCGUUCAUUCACACACAAAAAUUGUUGUUAAAAGUUCUCUUUUACAAAGACCAAUAAGUUGUGCUUGGUAUAUAAAUGUUAUUUAAUUAUUUUUAUGAAAGUUGUUGUUGAUUAGUCCAAUUGCUAGUGUACAGCGGGGCCACGGACCGCCGGUGCGUCCGCUAGAGCAGUGGCCCCACUGUUUGUUCCUUUGAUAAUUGUAAUUUGAUUGAUAUUAUGAUAUCAAGUUUGGAGUAAGGUCAUUAUUAUUACGGUUGAUGAAAUGUUUUUCUUUUUAUUAAUAUUAUUGUAUAGUAUAGCACGCGUAUCACCAAAGCAUUCUUUUUCUUGGAGAAAAAUUUAACAAGUAUAAUACUUUCAGUUUGUUCAAAUUCUUGUUAAUUUAUCGAUUGCAAUAAAAGUACUUUUUGUUUUUAACCGACUUCCAAAAAGGAGGACAUUCUUCAUUCCGCUGUUUUUUUUUUUUCAAGAUUCAUUAUACAAAUAAAUCUUUAUAUUGUAUGGGACUGAAACUACUGAACCGAUUUGUAGAAAAUGUAUAUUUUUCAGAUGGUUUUAGUAAAUUUGAUGUUGCUUUGUUUGUCUGUAGAUAUAAUUAUUGUUAAUAUUUUUUUAUGUAUAGAAUUUAUAUUAUAAUUAAAUAUAAUUUUCAAUUUGAUUAUUUCAUAGUUUGUACAUACAAUUUUAAUUCUAAUUACAAUAUUUUUAUUAAAAUUAAAUCUGUACAUAGCUAUUUAUCAGAAAUAGAAUGUUUUGGUAGUACGGACGUUUUACUGGUACUUUUAGCUCAGGUGAUUGAAAUGACUUAGCACUACAUACAUCUCAUUGUAUAUUUUUAUAAAGAUCUCUUGUAAAUAUUAUUUUGACUUGUGUCUCUCGGCGGCCGGAUCUUUGUACAUUAACUAGGCUAGUGCACGGAAUUUUGAAAUAAUAUUUAUUACGAGAAAA